UGUGGGAAAAUGUGUUUGCGUUAGCGUACGUUAGACAUUUUGGAAAAAAUGAAUGAUGCUAACCAAGGUUCCACUGUACCUGCAUUUACUUUAAGACAACAUUUUUUUUGUAUUAUUAGAUGUUAAUUUAUAUUUGAUGGAAUAUGUACAGUAACUGUAGCUACUCCCCCUAUUCUACUCGUGUAAGUUAACUAGUUAUAAGCAUGGAGAGUGUGUGUGUGUGUGUGUGUGUGUUGUCACUAUAUAAAUCCACUGAGGGAGGAGGGACAAAGGGAUGGUGAGGGAUAAAUAUUCGGCCUGCUCUUCCUUCCAUCACUUUCUGUCUGUCUGCAUCCUCUCGGCGAGGGUCUACAAACAAGAUGCCUGAGAAAGCGUGAGUUGUUCUGUUUAUUGUGCCCAGUCAUCACUUAUUUUUACAACCUGAUUAGCAAAGACUGUAAUGUCAUAUUCGACUAUUCGACUAUUUAUAAUGCUGUCUUUUCUUUCUGAUGCUUCCAACAGGCCUGAGAGGAAAUCUAAAAUCUCCGCCUCUCGCAAGCUCAUGCUAAAGAGCUUGAUGGUGGCCAAGGCCAAAGAGGAGCUGGAGCAGGAGAUGGUGGAAAAAGAGGAGCAGAAGGCAAAGUAUUUGGAUGAAAAGGCUCCUCCGUUACAGAUCAACUCCAUGAACUUAGAGGAGCUUCAGCAACUAUGUGAAGAACUACACUCUAAAAUUGACGUGGUGGACGAGGAGCGCUACGACAUAGAGGCCAAAGUGAUGCACAACACCAGAGAGAUUAAAGACCUGAACAUCAAAGUGUUGGACUUACGGGGGAAGUUUAAACGACCCAGCCUCCGAAGGGUAAGGGUCUCUGCCGACGCCAUCCUGCGCUCGCUGCUGGGCUCCAAACACAAAGUGUCUUUGGACCUGCGAGCCAACCUCAAGUCCGUCAAGAAGGAGGACACUGAGAAGGAGAAGACAGUGGAGGUGAGCGACUGGAGGAAGAACGUGGAGGCCAUGUCAGGCAUGGAGGGCCGUAAGAAGAUGUUUGACGCAGCCAAAGGCCCCGCUCAGUAGCAGACCAAGUGGAAGAAUAGACGUUCUAUUCAUUUAAAUCCAGCAGCAAAGUGCGCAACACCGACUGAGCAUUUUUAUCCACUCAAUGAGGUCUUUUUCUUCUUUACCACAAUAAAACACAACAGAAACUUCCUGUGCGUGUGUGCUUUGAAGUUACAUGAUAA